AUGAUCAUACUAAUCCUCUUCUGGCUUGUGCAAUGGAUCUGCCAUUACAUCAGUGUGCACCCAGAUGAGGACCUCAACCAGCAGAGGACUCAGAUGCUGCAGGAGCUGGCCCACAGGACCAUGGAGCCAAGUGUCAGCUUUGGGGGAGCUGUGCUCUCAACUGCCCUACAACAAUGGCUGUUCUGGGCCAUUGCUGGAACCCUGGUGAUGCUCUUGGCACUCUGCUGGUGGCUCAAGAGAAGGAUCUGUGGGGUGGACAGCAGCAGGGACUCAGAGAGUGAAGGAAGUGAGGAAGAAAAUCCUACUGAGAUGAAUAUGAUCUGGAUCUUUUCAAGACGCUUCCAGUUGUCAGUGCCAAAGCUGACCUCCAGGAGACGGGUGGUGCAGGAGCUGCUGAGUGACCUUCUCCAAGUCUCCCAUAGUCUCUUUUCAGACAGCUUCUUCCUGGUGCUGGAACCAGUCAUUGGGGUGGGCAGCGCCUGUGAAGGAUGGAGUCCCCAUAAGGAGGAGGAUGUUAUCUACUGCAUGUUUGUGCCCCUGAAGCCUCCCCCUGGGCAUGCCUUCCACCUGGAACCAGACACCAUGGGGGAGAUGCCACAGACGGGCAUGCGCAUCCGAGUGGAGCAGGUGUGCACUUGCACUGGGGAACAGGCUGACCAGAACAUACUGUGCUUCCUCCACCACUCUGAGGAGGAGCUGAAGAGAAAUCAGGUGACCAGCCUUCUACACACGCUCUGCACUGGCCCUUACCUAGACGGGGAGAAAAUUGCGCUCUGGUUCCAGACGUUUGUGGUCUCAGCCUGGUCAGUGGUGCCUCAGUCCUGUCACUACAGCAUGAAGGUGCUUCCCUCCUGCCGCUCCUGCAAGAUGAAGCUGACGAAAGCCUCUGGGACAAGCUUUUUUGUGGAGAUGGUAUUUAGUGUGCAGCAAGAUGGCUCAGACAUCUUCCUGAGCAGCCAACCUACAGAGGCCCAAUUGCCCCCAAGCACGACAUGGCUGGAGAGCUAUGCUGUGGCAGAGGCAAAGUUCUUCAGGCAGGUCGCCAUGCAGGCCCCACCCCACAGCUGCCACCUCAAAUGCCUGCGGCUCUGUGCUCGCCUUCUGGAGGGCUCAGGCAUUUCUAUUUAUGCCUUGAAAACCACGGUCAUGCACCUCCUGACCUUGAUCCCUCUGUCAGAAUGGCAGCACAAAUAUCUCCUGAUGCGGGUGGAUGACAUCAUGCACUACCUGCGCUGUUGCUUAGAGGAGAAACGCCUCAAGCACUUCUUUUUUGGCAAUGAGGACAUGCCUGAGGAGAUUUCCUUGCCCCCAGACUUCCAAGAAGCACAGCCCCUAAACCUCUUCCAGCACCUGGCACAGAAUCCAGCCACCCAGACUGAGGCAUUGAAGGAGUUUGAUGAGCUGCAAUAUUACCUCUACUUUGGGUUCUGA